AUGGCUACGGGCGAGGUUCGCGUCCUCCGGCCCUUCAAGCUAAUCGCCCUCGUCUGCCUGCUGGUCGCCCUGGCGUUGGACGUGGUGGCCCUAUUGAGCCCCGCCUGGGUCACUUCGGAGCGCGGCUCGCUGUCGCUGUGGGAGGCGUGUAAACGGGCCCCGGACGUGUGGCACUGCCUCAUCACCUUGAGGACAGACUGGCAAGUGGCUACUCUGGUGUUAAUCCUGACGGCAGCCACUAUCAUCUUGCUGUCGUUCCUUGCCUCCCUGGUUUCCUUCUGCCUAGGCACUCCCAGGCAGUACUACAGAGUUGUUGCUGUUCUCCUCUUGGUUGCAGUGGUUCUGCAAGUGUGUGCCUUGAUUCUCUAUCCAAUCAAAUUCAUUGAUAGCAGCAUGCUGAAGAGCUACCACGAGUUCAACUGGGGGUACGGCCUGGGCUGGGGAUCCGCUAUCUUCAUGCUGGGUGCAGCCAUCCUAUACUGCCUGCGCACGGACGUUUACGAGGACGCCUACUACUAG